AUGGAUCGCGGAGAUAAUCACUGUCCAGGCGAGUUGGACGCGUUACACGCCGAUUGGAACAGAUCAGGAUCUACAAUUUGCUUGCCAUCACCAUCCCCACUGAAGCGAGCAUCGACAUAUCUCCCCAAAGCAGGACCUAAGGUGCUGGAAGAGUCCAACACUGAUCCAUUCUACCUCGAGCAGUCAUUAGCUGCCACCCCAUCAGCCUGGAACUCCUACAAUCCAGCAAUCCGCGAUGAGAGAUUUAGCGACGACAAUAGCAAUUACUAUUCACUUUCUUUGACACACCAGAGGAGCACCUCGGAUCUACACAAGUCGUCUCGCCAAUUUUGUCCUGACCGGUCUACUAUCGCACAAUUGGAACUGGAGAACAACUUGAGAUUCCAUCGCUAUACAUCGUCCACCGAGGAAGAGACCAGGCCUCUUCACAGCAGCCACGAGUCUUUCAGCUCGGUCCAGACUGGCAGCACUACCCCCGAUCUCACACCAAGCAGCUCUUUCUCUUCCACAUACUCCGCUUCCUGCCCAGACGCGGUGAUCAAGGCGACUGAGAAGCUAUACCACCACGCAAAGCGAGCACAAUCGGAGCCCCGUCGUGCUUUCUACCUUCCUGCCUCCACUCCUCCUACGCAACUGCCUCCACCUCCGCCUGUGCCUGCACUCCCCAAGGCACAGACUCGACCCACUACUCCAUCUGCCGAUAGCGCGAAUACCCCUUCAACCAGCACAAUGAAGUACGAGCUAUCGGGCAGUAUGUCAUCGUCAUCUCGUCGGCGGAAACCUCACCCUACCUUGCCCAACCUUUCGCGUCGGCCUAGCUCCCAUAGCUCUCGGAGGAAACAAUCUAGCCCUGGGACCAGACCUCCAUUGGACCCAUCAAUGAUUUCACCACCGAGCUUGAUCAACCCAGUGACUAUGGAGCCCCAUGCCACGCACUUUGAACAGGCUUUGUUCAUCCCUGCCAAUGACUGCCCCAGCCCUAUCCCCAGUCCAUCGGCUAGCUCUCCACCCAUUUCCCGCCAAUGGACUGCCACAUCCAUGGAGCGACCAUCAACUUCCACCAUGGAUGCUUACUGUGAGCACUCCGUUUGGGAGUCCGACUCUGAUAACGAGUCAAUUGGACACAAGUCUCUCUCCCGCAAGCCCAUCGACACGCUGCGAAAGGUUCGAAGCCGUGCUAAGCUUCGUGCUGCCAAGUCUCAGCCCAGGUUGCACCAGGCUAUGCUGGACGACGAGGCCCCAGAGAAAUUCCCUUGCAUGCCCGAUGAUGCGGUUGGUCACCCUGUGCCCGAACCAUACCGCGGUGUUAGCCUCGACCGACCCAGUACCAGCCGGGAUGGAUUGCGACCUAAUCACCCUCUUCAAACCCUCCGCCUUGUCGCACCUUCCACUACAUCCCUUCUCAAACCCCGCUCUCGCAACAACAGCAAUGGUAACUUGCGCGACUCUGAUAUCGACCGGUCAACUGCAGCCGCUGUGCAGGCUCGCUCCAGGCGCCGUCAGCAAUCAGACUCUUCCGAGUACAUCAAGGAAGAGACCGAUAAGUUAACCUCGAUGUGCUAUGAGCAACAUUCCCCUAUACCCUUCGAGGACCCCAUCGACCAACGACCCUUCUUCAAGCGGGUGCUCGAUUCCCUUCGCUCAUUGAGCUGCCACAAAGCAGCUACCAAAACCACGACUACAAUCUGA